AUGCACUUUUAUGUUGAUGAAAAGACACAAGCUCGAGGAAGAAAACUCUUUAAUUUACAGGAUGAAAUGCUCGCUCAGAUUUUACAUGAUCUAUAUGUUCCACGAGAAUUACUUGAUGGUUUACCUGAAGAACAAAAACAAUUACUUUUUUGUAAAAUGCGUGAAGAACAAGUUCGAAGAUAUCAUGAACGAGAAGAAGAAGAAGAAGAAGAAGAAGACGAAGAAGCAAUAAUAAUAACAUCAGUGAAUACAAAGAAAAAAAAGAAACAUGUUACAUUUCAACUUAAUGCGGAUGGAAAUGAAUGUUGUUGGAUCAUAGGAGAAUCAGAAAUAUCAUCGAAAAAUGUUAAUGAACAACGAAAUAACACGUAG